AUGAGGCGGACAGGGGGCGUUGUGCGGCUGCUGCUUUUGGCGUUUGUGGCGGCCGCGAUGGCGGGUCUCUUCACGCCGCACGCCAUGGCCCAGGAGAUAAAAAUGGAAAAGUCUAUGGAGCUCGACGCGAAAACAUUCCACGGCGUCGUGGACGACCCAUCGAAGCACGUCUUUGUUCUUUUCUACGCCCCAUGGUGCGGCCACUGCCACCGCCUUAUGCCCAAGUGGGAGGAAUUGGCGGGCGAAAUGAAGGAAAUGAAGGAAGUUGUCGUUGCCCACAUUGACGCCUCCUUGCACCGCGAGAUCGGAGGAGAGUACGGCGUGCGUGGCUUCCCCACUCUGCGGCUCUUUCCAAAGGGAAACAAGGAGGGCUUACCGUACCAGGGGCCGCGCGACGUCUCCGCGUUGAGGAGUUUCCUCAAGAGCGCCAUGUAG